AUGGCGGAGAUGAAUACUCCACCACCUCGUGUGAACAAACGUCGAACUGUGUCGCCACUGCAUGAAUUGGAUGGCACUGAACGAGCCGAUGACAACAGUUUGAGCCCAACACAUUCAACGCCAGAGUUGGAGAGUGAAAGCAGCCAAAGAUCGCUUGAUAGCAUUGCCCGAGUGGUGAGAGCAGAGAUUCAAGCAGCCGUAGCUCCUUUGGAAUCACGUCUUGACAAUCUCCAAUCCAGUGUUGAUGGUCGGCUUUCGCGGGUCGAAAGUAUGAUAAACACGCAUGACCUCAGAAUCGGGAAGGUUGAAGGAGCUCUUGACAAUUUCCUUAUGAAUGGCAAGACAAUGGAUGAAACCACAGCUACCCAAGUAGCCCAGAUUGAAAGCCAACUGUCCGACUUGAAGGUGCAAGUGGAUGCGAUGAAGGUUGUGACGCACACCACGACAAGCCCGUCGCAAACAGACACCAAGUGCACAAUGGUGGUAGGCGGUCUAGCAGGCUUGAGGACCUUGCCCGCUGCAUCCAAAUGGUUGACGGAUACUUUGGAAUCCUUGCAUGGACCUAUACAUACAGGUGUGUACGUGAAGUCGGAGGAUUUCACCGGCCUCAUGUUUGCAAAGUUCCGUUCGCAACUUGAUUGUGACACUGCAGUCGCCACCUUGCGCAGUGCGAAACUUUCGGUGAAUGGUUCGCUCGUUUGGGCUUCACUGGACUUACCACCUCACAUCAGAGCCAGAAAAGUUUUCAUGCUAGGGUUACGCUGGCAACUUGGCCAGUGGGGCUUUGUCAAGCGUGACAUAGAGAUAGCAGAAGAUUAUUCAAACAUGAGCAUCGGUGAGAAGGUGAUCUUCAAGCUUGCCUCCUGUGUUGAGGGGUUGUUGAAACUGGAAUGGUCCGACGAAUGGGCGAACUGGACAGAAUUCCAGUCAAGCGCCGAAGUACAACAGCUAGCUGACAGAGCCAAUGCCAUCCUGGAGAAGCAAGCGAAAGGUGUAGGCAAAGGCAAGAGCAAGCAAAAGGUUUAG